UCGGACUUCCAAGCCGAGAGAAAGGAGUUGCAACUCAGGACGUCGCGAGGCGAGGGAUAUCGUCAAGUUGGGUAUGUUUUUUUGGAGUGAUUUUCACGGAAGGACUCCCCGAGCGAGAAGAAUUUUUUUCAUGGCAAGGACUCCGACACUGGGAAUUCUCAGGCCAGGACUUUCCGGCCACUUAUAAAUGGAGCCCCUCCUCGCCUCCUCCAAAAUGCGAGCAAUUCAAGCUCAAAUCUGUCCCUUCUCUCGUGUUCGUGUUCGUGUUCGUGUUCGUGUUCUUGUUCUUGUUCUUGUUCUUGGCCCGGUUCUUGACUUCGUUUGGUUCGAGUUCGAUUGAGGAUGACGGUCAUCGUUGAGCAGCCUGAGCUCGAAUUGGAGGUUGUGGAGAACAAGGUUGAUGUGGAAGAGAAUGAGUUGGUGUUGGAUGGUGGGUUUGUGGUGCCUGAGACUAAUUCAUUCGGCCAAACUUUCAGGGACUACAAUGCAGAAAGUGAGCGGCAGACGAGCGUGGAGCAGUUCUACAGGACCAAUCAUAUCAACCAAACGUAUGACUUUGUCAAGAGGAUGAGAGAAGAGUAUGGAAAACUGACCAGGGUGGAGAUGAGCAUAUGGGAAUGUUGUGAACUUCUCAAUGAGUUUGUCGACGAGAGCGACCCGGACUUGGACGAACCUCAAAUUGAGCAUCUGCUGCAGACAGCUGAAGCCAUCAGGAAGGAUUAUCCCAACGAGGAUUGGCUUCACCUGACUGGCCUCAUUCAUGAUCUUGGCAAGGUACUUCUUCAUCCUAGCUUCGGAGCUCUUUCUCAAUGGGCUGUUGUAGGCGAUACAUUCCCUGUCGGGUGCGCUUUCGAUGAAUCAGUUGUCCAUCACAAGUAUUUCAAGGAGAACCCUGACUACUACAAUCCCGCCUAUAACACCAAAUACGGAGUAUAUUCAGAGGGCUGUGGACUCAAUAAUGUGAUGAUGUCGUGGGGGCAUGAUGACUAUAUGUACUUGGUGGCUAAGGAGAACAAGAGUACUCUGCCUUCAGCAGGCCUUUUCAUAAUCAGAUACCACUCGUUCUACGCUUUACACAGAGCCGGAGCAUAUGAGCACCUGAUGAACGAAGAAGACGUCGAGAAUCUGAAGUGGCUCAAGAUAUUCAACAAAUACGACCUCUACAGCAAGAGCAAGGUUCGGAUUGACGUCGAGAAGGUCAAGCCAUACUACCUCUCCUUAAUCAAGAAGUAUUUCCCUGAGAAGCUCAAGUGGUGAAUAGGCCUUGAUGGGAGCAUCAGCAUGGAAAGGUCUUGGAAGAGACAAAUUAGGCUUCUAGUGUGGAUUUACCUUUCCAAUCGAUUUCCUUAUUAAGUUUUAUUUCACGGGUUGUGCUAUGUUCUUGGUGUCCAUGGCAAUAAAAGGCAACAUCUGUUCACUUUUUGUCUU